AUGGAUACUUAUAAAAUAAUCCAGGUGAUUAAUUUCACGUCGACAUCCAUAAUUAUUUUUUUCUAUAUCAUUUCAAGUUGAAGCUUGUGAAAUCUUAACAAGAUUCACGGAGAUGUCUAUCGUUUUUCCACACCAAGAGAAUUCUGAUCUGGCUCUGACGCACUGGCUGAGGUUAUUCGAUUUCUUGCGCACGGCAUAAUUUUUUUGCUCGUUUGCAAGUGCGACGUCAUGAAAGCAAACUGCUCUGUCAUCUGGUGGUCCAUCCAGUGCUUUGGGGGCUGAGCAUUCUCAAUAUCUCGGUGCAAGGAUGCAUUCUCUUCCCUCCAGUGGCGUACCAGCAUCUCCUCUGCGAUCUUCUGGCAAUCGAUCUCGUCCGCUGAAACGCUUGUGUCAGGAUUGUCUGCUGUCAUCAGAACAACACCUCUUUCGAAAUCGCCCGAAGUCUUCUUCAACAAGACUUCUAGCGCGCACUUUUUUAUCUUUCAUGGUCACAUCCGAUCACAGCUCAAAGAUUGCAAGCUCGGGAAAGACAGUCGACAAAUCAAGACCAAUGCAAUCAAGAAAUGAGAAGACUACUGCCUGUGUUGGCAAAGGCACGGAACUUUUCAUUCAGAAUAGGUGGCAAUCAGGGCGAGAGAGAACGCAGGACCAAGUCCCAAUACAGUGCCAGCUUCUGAAUCCUUCUACGUCAUACAAUGAUUUAAUCCUGCUCUAGGAUAGACACAGGGUUAAGUACGCUUCGACGGACUCGUGCCCAAGUUGCUGAGCGUUACAGCAGCUGUUAUAAGUUUCCAUAAGUGGAUUCCGUGUAAUACGUAUCAUAUCUAGUCACCCUUCGUGUGUCAUGAUUUCCUAACAAA